ACCACUACUACGUAGAAAGAGGGGAAAAACACAGUAAGGAAAGAAACAAGUUGUCGUUAGUAAAGUUGGAGCCAUGGCCCUCGGUGACUGUUGGAAGCAGUUAUCGUGGUUUUACUACCAGUAUCUUCUGGUGACGGCGCUGUACAUGCUGGAGCCGUGGGAGAGAACCGUGUUCAACUCCCUGCUGAUCUCCGUAGCCGGCAUGGCCGUUUACACCGGCUACGUCUUCAUGCCGCAGCACAUCAUGGCCAUCCUGCACUACUUCGAGGUCGUCCAAUGACACCAUCCUGACACCCGUCCAUCCGCCCACAGGUCCUGUCUGUCUCUGGCUUCCUGUCCGUCCAUCUACCAGCCGUCUCCUGGGCUUGAGGUGGGGAUCGUUUCCAACCAUGUCGAGGCCGAACUUCUCUCCUCCUCCUCCUCCUUUUUUCCAAAGCUCGUUCAAUGUUAAAGGUUGGAGCUCUGAACGUUGCACUCAAGGUCACGUUGGACGGUCUAAUUCCCCGGGACGGUUUCUUCUUCACUGAAAUGUUUGGGAUUGUGGACAGUGCUGGGCUCGGAGGCAAGGCCUUACAGAGGUGUGCUUGGUUUCCUUUCAUGUUGUUAUUUUAUCUUCUUUUUUUUCUUUUUUUUUUUUAUAAAAUCAAGCGCACCUUACAGUUUUUGAAAAUGUGUAAUGAUACAGAAGUCUGGGUGUGUGGAGUGAUUGGACUGUUUUAUUUUUAUUCCAUUGAGACAUGAAACCAUUGUUGUCUUAAAAGUCUUAUGUGGGAGACACAGUGUCUGACGGACAAAACAAUUUGUCCUUUUGUCCAUUUUAUGAGCCGUGUAUGAUUAUUAGAGCAGGAUCAGACCUCUGGAUGAGGCCUGGCCGUCAGAGUGGGCCGCAGCUGCUUUGAAGGAUCGACUAUUUUCAACCUUCACCAUCAUUUUUCAGCACCAGACACAGGGAGGCAGGUUGUGCCGAUAAAAUGGCUGCGAUGUGGAAAGGGUGAGAAAUGGUGGCAUGGGACCCAAUCACGCUUGAGAUCUGUCGUGUAUAUUUAUAAUUAACUUAUUAUUUUACUCCUGAAAUGACACUCCAGUCAGGCAGCAGCACCGACCUGUAUCAGGUGCACGGCUGCAGGAGGUUUCUCUGAUUUUAGUACAGUUGCUGCAGGUUCCUGCUCGUUUUACAGCUAAACAGUCCGUAGAUUAAAGAUUGUGUUUUACUGGAGACACAAAGAGGAUACACUCAAAUUAGAGCUAAAGAAGGAGACAUUUGGAGGAGCCUUUGGCAUGGAUCAGUCUGUACGAGCUGUGCAUGAAGUCCAGACUUUAAAGUUGCACCUAUAUAAAUACUGUGGAAGUAUCAAAAUGCUCAGUUCUGAGAGAUAUUCAAACAGUUCGUUUUCAGAAACCGUGCCUUUGAACGAGCCGUCAGGAUUUCUGUAAAUUUUUGAUGUCACAAGUACACUAUAUAGUAGACUGUAUUAAGUCCAGUUCAGACCAAAGAUUUGUGACGAGAUGAGUUGAAACAGACGGCUACCUACAACGCGCCGUUCUGCAGUGCUCUAAAAACCUGCCAGUUCACACCAGGUGCCCACGAUGAGACGGUGUACACUGUGUGCAGUCAUUUUGACUUGACCAGCGGACUUCACUAACAGGUGACGUGCUUUAAAACUAGCCGCCGGCGAUUUGACCAGCUGAGUGUCAGGUGACACCAUCAGCCGGCUUGAGUCGAGCUCAGACCGGCCAGCUCACACCGCUGACACUUUUCUCUGCAACGUUCUAGAAUGGUUUUCGUCUUGUCGUGAAUCUUUGGUCGGAACGUUCUUAAUGGGUCCUUUUGUAUUUCUUGUGUAUGUGAUUGACAUCAGCUGACAGGGACCCAAGUUGUUGCCUCUCAUCGCAACUCCAAUGACACCCUCUUUAGACCGAAUCACUGUGUUUAUUUACAACAACUUCUGGGUAGAAAAUCCAGGCGUCGCGUAGGUAAAUUUAAACGGCGCUGAGGAAGCACUGCUGCAGUGUGUUAGUUCUUAGCCUCCUUAAAAAGGUCCACCAAAAAAGAUCAAAAUCAGUCAAGUGUACGCUAUAUUUACAGUAUUCUCACUGCUUAACCUCGCCGUCAGUCUUUUCCAACGAGGAAUUGAAGCUCUUAUCUUUAAGCCACUAGGCUCCAUUGACAGCUGCUGGUCUACCACAGCCUCAGUUGGUUAGUGUGUGAAAUGGCCGAGGCAAAUAUUCAAGUAUAGCGUACACUUAGACUGAUAUGGAUUUUCUUAGGUGGCUAAAAUAUGGUUUGCUGCAGCCGCAUCCACAGCAGUACGUUGUUUAGCUUCUGUGUUGGUUGAUUUGGUUUAUCAAAGACGUUAGCAAAGCAACAGAGUGCCUAAAAUAAGCACAACAGAAACAUCAGAUGGGAUCGGACCACCGUGUUUUACUACAUAUCUUUAAUAAAGUUGCGGCUAAAAAUGACGACAGAAAUCAACAUGUUUGCUAGUUUUCUACCUGGUAUUGUUAGCGUGACGUCAUGGUGAUUCGGUCAACAAAGAUGGAGGAACGGAGCAUUUCAGACAGAGGGUGUUCUAGUAGAGCCCAAAAUCCAAGUCUGGACCUGAAUAUGAGCAGAAUCUGGGACCUUUAAAGAAAACAGAGCCUGAAAAAUGAACGUGUCCUCCAUGUGGUCAUGUUUAAACACUACGAGUCUUUGUCUCAGCGUGGAAAGUAUCUAAUGACUGUUUGUCCUGCAGAGUUAAAGUUGCUUUAGUGAUUCUCUUGUUACCUGUAUCCUUGUGGCUGCUGCUGCUUGUACACAUGAGUCACUGUGUAAAUGCAAAUGGUGACAGAUGGAGUCAUGGAGAAAGUGACUCUGAACGUCUUCCCUCUUGAGGCAGGUGGGCUGCAGCACAAUGAAAAAUGGUGGUUAACGAGUUGACAGUUGUCCUUUUUUAAAUUGUUUUGUUUUAAGAUGCACAGCAGGCAGCGUUAACAGUUUCCUCUUUGUAAAGAGAUGAGAAAUGUUCCAUUUAUAUGUGAUCAUGUUUUAUGAUAUGUACUGCUACUGGUAUCCCUUUAGAAAAUUGUGAUUAUUUCUCCUGAUAAAAAAAAUAAUGUAUUUCUCUCCGUUUUGUGUAUAUAAUCUUGUAUACAUAUUUGUAAAGUUUUGUAGUCAGAUAUGUCGGUGUAUAGCAUAAAAUAUUUGUGGUUUUUGUGAACUACUGAUAUCAAACACUGUUCUAUGAGAUCAUUAAAGGGAUGUUUCACCAAGCAAA